AUGCAGUAUGAUCCAAACAAACAAGGUUAUAAUAACUACGGUAAUCAAUAUCCACCUAUGAAUCAACCACCAUACGGAGCUGGAAAUAUUUAUCAGCCAAAUAAUGCACCACCACCUUAUACACAAUAUCCUCAACAUUCAUCUGCUUAUCCAACAGCAGUCUAUCAACCACCAACAGUUACUGUUGUACCUCUUUAUCGACCAUUGUGGAAUUAUUUGACACCAACACCGAUUACGUCUAGCCUUCGAGUAUUUUUUAUCAUUUCAGGUCUGCUUUAUUUGAUAUGGGGUAUAUUAGCUGUUGGUCUCGAAAUCGGCAUUCUUAUUUAUUCUUAUUGGAGAUAUUAUACUGGCUUUUGGACAGCUAUCUUGGUCUUUUUUAUUAUUGCUAAUAUUCAUACUAUUAUCAAUAUGAGUGUGGCUGGUAAAGCACAAAGAUCAACAAUGUCAGGAUCUACUCCAAAUGUUCCAAUUCGAUAA